AUGAAGACUACAUUGAUCGUUUUGGCUACUGCCUUGGCUGGAAUUUCCUCUGCUGCUUCUUCCAGUUCUGCUUCAUGUUCUUUCCUGACCACCAUCACUGCUCAAGCUUCAUUGAAUGCUUUAAAUGCUUGUCCUACUUUAGAUGGUACCAUUGAGAUUAACGGUGAUGCCAUUGGUGCCGUCGACUUGGGUGCCGUUGAAUCCAUCAAGGGUGAUGUUACUGUUACCAAUUCUUCAUCCAUCACUUCCCUUGUGUUUUCAUCUUUAGCUAACAUCACUGGUUCUUUGGAUAUCGUUGCCUUGACCCAAUUAUCUAACAUUGACUUUACAAGUUUGUCUUUAGUUAAACAGUUGAAGUUGAUCUCUUUGCCCUCUUUGGCCACUCUUAACUUGAACAAGGGUAUCUCCAAGGCUUCUCACAUUGAAGUCUCCGAUACCGCUUUAAGUGCCUUCCCAUUGAGUAUUACUGACAUUGAUUAUUUGGAUAUCAACAAUAACAAAAACAUCACUAGUCUUGAUUUGCCUUUGGAAACUGUUUCUGAUACUUUGAUUCUUUCCUUCAACAAUGAUGAAGCUGAAGUUAAAUUGGAUAACUUGAUCUGGGCUUCUAACUUGACCAUUCAAGAUAUCUCUUCUUUAUCUGCUUCCAACUUGACUGCCGUUAACGGAUCCUUUGUUAUUGCCUACAACUUGUUUGAUGAAUUUGAAUUGGACUCCUUAAAGUCCGUUGGUGGUUCUCUUCGAAUUAUUAACAAUGAAGAAUUGAAAUCUCUUUCAUUCAAAGAUUUGACCACCAUUGGUGGUGAAUUCAACAUGGUUAACAACUCCAAGUUGAGUGACACUGAAGAUGCUUUCAAUGAAAUCAACACCAUUAGAGGUGCUGUCAACAUUGCUGGUGACUUUUCAAACUUUACCAUGGAUGGUUUAAAGAAUGUUGCUGGUGACUUUUCAUUUGAAAGUACCAACGAUAACUUUUCUUGUGACGCCUUCGACCAGUUGCAUGACAACAACGACAUCAAGGGUCACAACUACAACUGUUCAGCUCCUACUCAAUCUUCUUCAGCAAGCUCUGGUAGUUCCAAGUCUACAUCUGGAUCAUCUUCCAAGUCUGGAUCUUCAACCUCUGGAUCUUCAUCUGGAUCUUCAUCUUCUUCUUCCACCAAGGCUUCUAACGGUGCAUUCAUCAAGGGUUCCGUUGGUGUUGGAUCCUUGAUUAUGGGUGGUAUUAUGGCUGCUCUUAUUUAA